GCUUUUUGACGAAGUGGGUUUCGCUGAAAGUGUUCUGUUUUGGUAUUUUGCCGCUUGUACAAAAUGAGAAAAGUAUGACUAAGGUCCCUUUUCAUGGAGACAGCCACAUAUGUUGUAGAGUCAUUCAAUAAGGUUGAAUAUCGUAAAAUCGUAUAAAAUUAAGGAUUCUGAUUUCUUAAAAUCUUUAAAAAUCAAAAUCUGCGAGCUAGGCUGAGUUUUAUGAAAAAUUGAAAAAUUAUAUUUGCUAGAUUUGGUACAAAAUCGCUAAAUUUUUUAGAAAUGCUGGGAAGUAAAAUAGUAAAAAUACGAAUUUUCAAACAUUUUUUACGGUAUUUGUAACAGAUUAAAUGUUCAAAACAUCAAUAUUGAAAGAAUUUAUUUAUUUUUUGAAAAAAAAUAUAAUUUUGUGUGACUAAAAAGUCAGAAAUCAAAUAAUUUUGUGAAAAGAAAAAAAUAUUUAUUAAAUCCUAGAUCCUUUGAUUCUGCAAGCUUCAACUUUUAUUAGGCAUACUUUUACGAAAAAUUGGCCAAUUACAGGCACACAUCAGUAAUAUUCCGGUAUAGUCGUAUAUGUACAUCGGUCAGUAAUAAUUUGAUACCAUAGAGUGCCAAAUAUACCACGUGCUGGUAUAGAUCUGGUACAAAAUUCCUACCCGAUUGGUAGUAGUUUGUUUCUCCGUGGUAAAUUUUGCCUUACAGGGUUAUUACUACACCAUAAAUUCCCGUUAUUACCAGUGCCGGUAGAGUCACAUACAUAUGUAUUCCGAUCAAUUUUGGCCCUUUUAGUCCUGACCGUGGCGGUGUGGACGUUUUGCUCCCUAAUGUAUCGGAACAAUGGGAAGACGAAGACAAAGCAAAAUAAUUUAGGCUCGCCAUCUUCCCUGCUCGAAAACAGCGAAGAAGGAACGACGGUCACACCCACGAGUUUUUUGAGCAAUACGAAUAAUAGCUCCACGGUUUGGGGGGAUUUUGAAGAAAUGCCGGAAUUUUUUCAAGGCGUUAUUCUCGGCUGUGACUGGAUCGCCGUGGGGGGUGCGGUACUCCAAAUUCUGAUGUCGUGUCUGAUCCUGUGCAGUUCUUCGAAGAACACUCAGGACCGGGUAAAAUACUUUGUGGGGGCGCAUUUCCUCGCAUUUUUCAUCCUGGUGGUGACCCUCCUCCUGCCGCUGGCCUACGACCGCGAAAACGACCAGUUCCACACCAUGACGUCGUUUAACACGGAGGCGAAAAAGCAAUUGUGGAUGCUACAAGAUGCCAAUGUGUUCAAUUUUAUGGUAACGGAUUUGCGUCUGUAUUACGUCACACUGAUGCUGGAUUGUCUCGGCGUGGUUAUAAUUAUCGUGGUGUCGUCAUGUUUUCUGAGAUUCUCGACCGUUUCGGAGCAUGAGGUGGAGCUGUUUUAUGACAGGUAUAAGUAAUUAAGGAAUUAGGUAAUUAAUUAAGUAUUUAAUUAACAAAAUAAGGAGGAGUUAUGUUGCAAAGUAUUUUUAAAUCUGAAAAUCUCUUAAAUUUAAAAUGUUCGUCAUUUACGCAUUAGGUAAUUAUUUGCAUAUUUAUUUUCUCCGCCUUUUCUGAGAAACUAGUUAUUGUAAAACGAGAAUAAGUGAAUAAGUUUGUUAAUUAAUUAGUUAAGAAAGUAACUUAGAAUUAUUUUACAAGUUUUUUUAAAUCCUGGAGUCUCAGAAUUCUUGAAUAUUAGUUUAUUAUAAAUAUUGAAUAUUAAUUUAUAUUUAAUUAUGAUAAAUUAUUAUUUUCAUAAUUAUGGUAACAAAUGUGCGCCUGAAUUACGUCACGCUGAUGCUGGAUUGUCUCGGCGUGGUCGUCAUUAUCGUGAUGUCGUCAUGUUUUCUGAGAUUCUCGACCGUUUCAGAGCAUGAGGUGGAGCUGUUUUAUGACAGGUAUAAAUAAUUAGGGGAUUAGGUAAUUAGCAAAUUAGUAGGAAUUAAAUAUUUAUUUUGUAAAACUUUUUGAAAUUUUAGAA